AAAAAAUUUGGGAACUAAAAUUUUGGGAAAUAAGGAAAAGACUAGAGGAACAAAGGGCCAUUCUUCUCUAUUGACUGCUUCCUUCCUUCUCUGUCACCUACGAACCGGGGGAAAUUUGGAUCCCGAUCGUGAUCUUUCAGUGUGGUGAGUUUGAGCUGGAAUUGGAGCUUAAAAGCUCGGUUUUUUAACUGAUCUGAUAGUUUCAGGAUCGGUGUUCGAUAAAUUUGUUGUCUUUUCGCGAUUUUUGACGGGCGAGGUCGAAGGGUUGUUUCGUUGUUGGUGUUGGUGUUUUGGGAAAUUAGGGAUUUUGUUGUUGUAAUUGUUGCCGGAUUCGUCAUGGAUACGAGUAGGAGAGCUGUGGAAUCGUAUUGGAGGUCGCGGAUGAUAGAUGCGGUUACGUCUGAUGAGGACAAAGUAGCGCCUGUGUAUAAGCUGGAAGAGAUCUGUGACCUUCUUCGUUCUUCUCAUGUGAGCAUCGUGAAGGAGUUUUCGGAAUUCAUUUUGAAACGUCUUGAUAACAAGAGCCCCAUCGUUAAGCAGAAGGCUCUUAGGUUGAUAAAGUAUGCCGUGGGAAAGUCUGGCGCAGAGUUUAGACGAGAAAUGCAAAGGAACUCAGUCGCAGUGCGCAAUUUAUUCCAUUACAAGGGGCAUCCAGAUCCUUUAAAAGGGGAUGCACUUAAUAAGGCUGUACGGGAAACUGCUCAUGAAACAAUUUCUGCUAUAUUUUCGGAGGAGAAUGGUAGCAAGCCAGCUGCUCCUGAAAGCAUCAACAGACGCAUAGAAGGAUUUGGGAAUACUAACUUUCAGGUGCCCUCUAAUGAUAAUAAAUCGUUCCUGAGUGAGGUGGUGGGUAUUGGAAGUGCAUCUAUAAAGCAAGGAAUUAGUAAUUUUGCUCAAGGCCAUUUGCCAAAGAAGAAUGAGAAUGGAAGCAGCAGCUACAGAGGUCCAAAUCUCCAUAGAUCAUUAACUAUGGAAAAUGAGAACUUCAGUAGAUAUGAUCCGGUUAAGCUGGGGAAGGAUGGUAACUCCGGAAUGUCUAAGAACACGGCUGGUGGAUCAUGGGGCCAUGUUUCCGGAGAGGGAAGUGAAAGUUCUGCUUCAGUACGUGUUGAGAGCAAAACUCGUGAAGAAAAGCUGCUGGAAACCAUUGUUACAUCUGGAGGUGUACGCCUCCAGCCAACUCGUGAUGCACUUCAUGUUUUUAUUUUAGAGGCUGCGAAAAUGGAUGCUGUUGUUUUAAGCAUUGCCCUUGAGGGGAAGCUCCAGUCUCCAAUGUGGCAGGUUCGGAUGAAAGCUCUAUGUGUCCUUGAAGCCAUUUUGAGGAAGAAGGAAGAUGAUAAUUUUUCAAUUGUACAUAGUUAUUUUGAUGAAAACAUGGAUGCCAUUCAGCGAUGCUCAGAGUCUCCGCAAUCUUCCCUUCGCGAAAAGGCUAACAAGGUGCUAAACCUUCUAAAUGGUGGACAGUCAAGUGGGCUGAUGAGCAGCUCAGAUAAUACUGUGAAGCGAGAGGCUGCUGUUGAUUUACCUGACUUGAUCGACACCGGUUAUUCAGAUUAUACAACAGAAGAUAUUUUAAACCAGCCAAAUAUUAUAGAUACUGGCAGUACAGUAGCAACAGCAGCUCCAUUGAUGGAUGAUGAUUGGUUUGGGGAUAGCACUGACACUGGAAUGGGUAGCAGUGAGAAGAAAAACGAUGAUGACCCCUUUGCAGAUGUAUCGUUUCAUCCAAAUGAAGAAAAAGAAAGUGCAGAUGACCUGUUCUCUGGAAUGACUGUCGGGGAAAAAUCCGCUGCUGGUGAUGGUAAUCACGUGCCUGAGCUAUUUGAUAUGUUUGGGUCGACUGCAAAUCUUGAAGCAGAGCCAAAAGAAUCUAAAAACAUAAAUGAUUUGAUGGCAAGUUUUUCCAUUGACGAGAACAAUUCAAAUCAGAAAGGCUCGUCUUCAAGUACCCUUCCAGAUAAUUUAUUUGCAAUGCCGAGCACCACCAGCCACCAAGGACCUGAAAAUCCUGUUGGGGGCAUUGUUGGUUCACAAAACCCUGGGUUUAUUCAAAACUCAAUGCUUCCUGGGGGUGUUAUGCCCUUCAAUUUUCCUCCAGGGAUGAUGAUGAAUCCAGCUUUUGCUCAACCUAUGAAUUACGCUGCCAUGGCAAGCUUGUUAGCUCAGCAGCAGCAGUACCUUGGUAAUAUAUCCAACUUCCAGCAGUUUGGCAACUUGAACGCUCAGGGUAGUGGGAAUGUUCAUUCUAUGGGUACUAGCGGAGGGAAUCAGUCAGCACUCCCUGAUAUAUUCCAACCAAAUUUUGCUAAUCAGGCUCCAACCUCAACAAUGAAUGGUUCGAAAAAAGAAGAUACAAGAGCAUUCGAUUUCAUCUCUGAUCAUAUUGCAUCAGCUCGCGACACAAAGAGAGUAUCUUGAUGCUUGCUUAUAAAAGGGGAAGGAGGCUAAAACGUUAAUUUAUGAGAGCUGUAAAAGUUUCGAAUAGAAAAUGGAGAUGAUGAGCUAUAAAUCAUCUUAGGAAAAGUGAAAGGAGAAUCAUAUGGUAAGCUGUUUGCUUAUUUUUACUGUUUCCUCGUUUUGUCUUUGGUUUUUUCUCUUAUUUUGGGAGUCCAUUGUUCUUGGCAUGAUGAACAUGUAGUUAUGUAGAGUUGGUUUUGUUUCACAUGUUUGUUACUAGAUGUGCUUCUUUUGUUACUUUGCUAUAUAUCGUAUGAUCUGAAGAGACUUGUGUCUGUGUAUCGAAAAGUAAGACAAGAAAGGAAAUAAAACUGAUAAAGAAAAAGAAAAAAAGAGUCCUUAUUUCUU